GCGAUGCGCAUGCCCGGCCGCACUGUCCCACGCAAGCGCACUCCCGCCUCGAAAACGAACACCCAGUGCAGAUGAACAAGUGAAUAAAUCCACAAAAAAUAACUUAACUACCAAACAAAACAUGAUAGGACCUUGUUAAUAUCCUAGGGGCCAAAUUAGUGUAAGUGUUUCUGAUGUGCACGCUUGUGGGCACGUUUGUGUUGCUACUGCUACUGUCACUGGAUUCCCGGGAUUGCUCGGCCAGUAUUCAAGAUGCAGACAGAAUCACACUCAAUAGCGUGCAACACUGGGCCGUCAAACUUGGUUCAGAACUUAGCUCUUUCGGCGAAGUUAUUACCAGAAAGAAAAGAGUUCAAGAGAGCUUCAAAUCGGCUCAAAUAGAAUCUCGAGAUGGCGAAAAACUUGUGCAAAGUAUGGCUGACGACAUUCGUGCGAUGAUGGAACUCAAAGUCAGCGCCGUAAAACGGAUUGUCGAAGCUGCAGAAAACAUGGCAUUUGACAAACAGAGCGAGCCUGUGCCUGAAGACUACCAGUUUUACAACAGCAAAGAAAUGGAUGAGCCUUACGACGAAGUGUCAAUCACAACAACAGCAGAGCCAGAUUUUAAUCUUGAAAACUGGAUUGUGCGACCGCCUACCAAAAGUGCUCACCUACAACUAAAUGCACACUUUUACAAUAUCCCCGUCAAUACUAACUUUAGCAGCGUACAUGUUCCAACGAAUGUCUACGCUUGGGCGGACGAUGUUAUAAAAGGAAUCCAUUGGUCUGAGGGGCUGGAUACUCAUUUCAUCAAUAAUUACCAAAGUGACCCCACACUUUCUUGGCAGUAUUUUGGCAGUUCUACUGGGUUCAUGAGGCAUUAUCCAGCAAUGAAAUGGAGAGCAGAUCCAGUCGAUAUUUACGACUGUCGCACGAGAGCUUGGUACAUGGAAGCAGCGGCUAGUCCUAAAGACGUGGUCAUACUAGUCGACCGUAGUGGUUCAAUGACUGGUCAGCGAAGAGACAUCGCCAAACACGUGGUCACCAACAUAUUGGAUACUCUAGGCAAUAACGAUUUCGUCAAUGUUAUGACUUUUGCUGACACGGUUGAAGAAAUUGUUCCAUGCUUUGAAGAUUCUUUAGUUCAAGCGACAAUGGGAAACUUAAGAGAACUAAAGUUAGGAUUAGAUAACUUUGAAACAAUGGAGAUUGCAAACUUUUCUGCAGCCUUAACGAGAGCUUUUGAACUUUUGGAAAUUUACAGAAAUAACAGUGGAGGCGCCAACUGUAACCAGGCUAUAAUGCUGGUCACGGAUGGCGUUCCGUACAACUACAAAGAGCUGUUCGAGAAAUACAACUGGAAAUAUGACACCCCCGUCAGGGUUUUCACGUACCUGAUAGGGCGUGAGGUAAAGGUGGCGGACGUGCGGGAAGUGAAAUGGAUGGCGUGCGCGAACAGAGGGUUCUACGUGCAUUUGAGUACGCUAGCAGAAGUGCGCGAAAGAGUGCUUGAGCACGUCAACGUGCUGGCGCGCCCGCUCGUGCUGCAGCGUGAGACGCACCCCGUCGUCUGGACUCCUGUCUACGCUAACGUGACGGACCCCAAGGUAGCAGAUUAUUUAUGGGAGCAGCGAGAGAGAGCUGAGCAGAAAGAACGGUUUAUGAGUCAACGACGUGAUAAGACGCACUUCAACUCUGAAACGGAACAAAAUCGCAGAUGGAAAAUAACUCAGAUGAAACAGGGUCAGUACAGCGAACUUGGUAACUCCCAGUACCAGCUGAUGACAUCAGUUUCAAUGCCAGUGUACGAUCUCCGACAUAAUGAGAACAUCACAGAGAAUGUACUGAUAAAUGAAGCUUACUGGGUAUCAGUUACGAAAGAGUCCGUAGAGGAGAACGGCCAAAAGGAGAUGCGUAUAGCUAGAUUGUUGGGAGUGGCGGGGACAGACGUGGCUCUGUCCGAAAUACAAGCGUUGAUGACGCCAUACAAGAUCGGAGUGAACGGGUAUGCUUUCAUAGUGACCAACAACGGAUACAUUUUAAUUCAUCCGGAUUUAAGGCCUGUGUACCAACAAAUACUAAAGCCAAGUUACAACAGCGUAGAUAUGAUUGAGGUCGAACUUUUCGACGAUGACCGAGGCCCAAGAAACUUCAGCAAAGAACUAACUGCGCUUCGCCAAGAAAUUAUAGACCAAAGAACUGGAAACAAGAUUAUGAAUGUGAAGUACCAUAUGGACGACAUGAAAAGAGCAUCUCGAGCUAAAAAGCAUUACUAUUGGACUGGCAUCAGCGAGUCCCCUUUUACCCUCGUGGUGGCCAUCCCUGAGAACUAUGGGCGUCACAGGAUCACGCCACCUCCUAACGACGACAUACAUCGUCUUUCGCUCACCUUCAAGAAUAUAUCGGCUCAGCAGUUCCUUUUGGACAAAUGGAGUGUUCAUCCUGACUGGCUGUACUGUCGUCACUACGAACGUUCGUUUUCCUCUCCCGAAGAGGAGCUAUCCUACUUCUUGGAACGAGUAGCGCGGCCGGGCUGGCGCUGGCCAGCCAAGCCCCGGCCUCCUGAACACCACAAGAAUAAGGGACACGAGAAACACAACGGAACCUCAGAUGGACGUGAGCGCACGAAGGCUUCUAACAGCACACCUAGGAAUGAGUAUUAUUGCGACCAUGGAUUAAUGCAGGCUCUAGUAUAUGACGCGAUCAACACGGCGUGGUUCAACAAAAGCAUCACGGAAUCUGCAUCUAACGAAACUGCCCCAUUGACAAAAGUGAUUGGAUUAUUGCCGAGACACUCAUUCAUCGAACGAUUCGGAUACAUCGUGGCGUUCAUGGCGACACACAGCGGACUCACCCGGUGGCACACCCAUCCUCCGAGGGAACACGAUAACAGCAGUGAUAGCAGAUUUGAGUUCGGCAAGCAAUGGCCUCGAGCGAUCGACGAGGUGUGGUAUCGGCGGGCAGUCGAACAGCACUACAUCGACCCUCUGAGCUACGUCUACAGCGUGGAGAUGAACACGGAGAAGGUCCCGCUGAACGUGAGCGCGGCGGUGGUCACAGCCGCCCAUGCGGUGUUCCAUGGAGAUGGUCAUAGAAAGGCGCCUGCUGCCGUUGUCGGCUACCAAUUCCAGCACGACCGACUUGCGGAAUGGUUCUUUAAUAUCACAUCCACGUGUGAAGGCAACAAAGGAUGCUGCGCAUCAACGGCAUGGGACUGCUUUUUAAUCGACAGCAACGGAUGGGUUAUAGUCAGCGAAGACGGCAACCAUACAGGACUGUUUUUCGGCAAGAUUCGACCCGAUAUCAUGACAAAACUCGUUGAAGAUGAAGUGUACAAGAGCAUACACAUCGUGGACUAUCAAGCAGUUUGCUUCAGAGAAAAGAAGACUACUAACCCUGCAGCCACGCUUCUUACUCCAUUGGAGAAUGUGCGUCUGGUCCUGGCAUGGUUUCUCGCUACCAGUGUUUGGCUCUACAAUACCAUUACAGUAGGUUUGGCUCAGGGAUCUGUCUACACAUUCGACGACGAGAAUGUUACACCCACCGUGGCGUACCAAAACUACGAGAAUGAUGAAGAGACUGACGACCCGUUCCUGACCAAACCGCCGACGGCGCGGAUCGAGCGAGACUUCGAGAAGCUAGUGCUGAUCAACAGGACACGACCGACGCCUUGCGACAGGGAGAUGUACCUCUACCAGCUCGAAUACUCCAACUUGAACGAAAAACUCAACAAGCCGCUGAAAGAGUGUGAACGACCGUUCUUUGCGCAGCUAGUCAACUUUACGAACAUGCUGAUGGUGGUGGUGAAUGUCAACUGUCCGAAGGAAGAGGGCUCAGUGUUCUCUGUGGAGCCGACAGAGGUGCUGUACAACGAAACGCUACCGUGUUUGAAGCAUAUACAUCCGCUGUACAGGAAGCAACCGGUUUCGUGCAUCCGUAGCCAUCCAGAGGAAAGCAACAUUGAUAUGUGCGGGCGAGCAAGCAUUCCUGGCAGGAAUCUCUUCUGGAUUCCUCUGGCAGUAGUCACCAUUUAUAGAUAUUUGUAAAUCUAUCCUCGACUGGAAUUGCCCUAAAUUUAAAUGUCCAAAGCUCUUUGUAUUUUAUAUAUUUAAAAAAAGGAUGUGAUUACUCCAGCAUGCCUCAUUUUGCCGCGGCUCGCCAGUAUGUGUGAAGUCUCGCUUAAUGUAAGGCCGCUAAGGCAAGAUAUGAUAGUUAUGAUGGCUUUAAAUUGUCGUGUUGAUUAAUGUCAUCAUGAAUUUUAUUUACAAAGAUCGGCAUUAAGGGCAUUUUUUUCUUUAUGAAAUUAUACGAAUUUAUUGGAGUAUUUACAAGUUUUUACAAUAAAUUUACUAUAAAUUAUAACAUCCUCAUCCAAUAAAAAUGUCAUUACAAGUCUUUCAACAUAAUUGAAUACAUAGAAUAUAAUUUGGUAAAUCUAUUAUAUUUUUCUUUAAGUGAUUCGAGGUGGUGAUUAUUUUUAGAACUAGUAGUAGCCACUGUUACAUGUCAUUCCCACAUAUCAGAUAUACUUAGUGAUAAUGUGUUUAUUCAUAGUGUUAAUUCGAUGUCUUAUAAAGAAUCUAGCUACUUUCGUGCUCCCAAUGUGCCACAAGGAACAUGGCUAGUAAAUAAAAGAAUAUGUGUGACAUCUUCAAUUAAAAGGUACUACAUUUUUGGUUGAUGAUAUAGUUCAUUUCAAAAUGAAGCUUUAUGGAAAUAGUAACCUUAUUGACAAUCAACAAUAAGUACCCUUUUGAUUAAAAAUGUCACUUCUAGAUGUCACCAGAGUUAGCAAAUUAUUUUAAAUUAUUUAUGUAAUAAUUACUUUCAGUGGCAACAAUGAUUGUGAAUUACAGAUUAGGUUUUGAGGGUGGUAAAUAAUAAUAUAAAUGUAAAUAUAAGAUAGUUAGCUUUUCAACAAAUUGGAACAGACCCAUAUUCGUUCUAGCUAUGUUAAAUAUACGUAUACAUAUAUGCAAACACUUUAUGUUGUAUGUUAAGUUUAUUCUAGUCUUCAGUAAUUAUAUUAUAUUUAUAAAUAUUAUAAGUACAUUAAGUUUACAUAAUUCUGAGAGAUUGGUCGGCGUUUCCGUCCUGGUGUAUUUGUAUUAUUGCUUGAACUAAGAUUAAAUUUUCUUGCAAAAAGUUUUUGUUUAAAUAAUGUUUCGAAAACCAGCUUGUAGAGUGAAUUGGAUUUGGUGAAUAUUUUAUAGAGUAAAUUUCAUGUAAAUGAUUAUUUCACAUUCCAAUAAAUUGUAAGUAUAGUUGCAUCACAUCUGAAACUGCACAUAUCACUUGUUUCCUUGGCAACUAAUACUAAUAGGUAACUGUGGCGUGAAAUAAUUAUUAACACUUUGAAAAUAUUUUAAACAGAAAAAAAUAUUAUGUUAUUCUAUGUAUUGCAGUCAUAUGUCUAUUUGUAAGAAAAUAUUUUAGUAUUUAGUGAAAUACAUAUUUUGAAUCUCUGUCAUAACAUAGAAAUGUGAUUAUUUAUUGGUUGAAAUGAAAAUGUGAUUGUUCAUUUGGUACAAAAUAAAUAUUUGUUGUUUUGGUUUAA